AUGCCUUUUGAUAUCCCCGUUUUGGUCUUCCUCGCUGCGAAUAUCUGGGGUAUUUUCGGUGAAAUCCCAUUUACCGCAAUCCAACCUACUCGCUCCUUCUUUGACCGCGCACUUGGCUCCUUCCAGCUGGCAAGCACUGUGUACACGCUGCAGCCGUUGAUCCAAACGACGUGGUCCGAAAAUUCAAUUACUACGUGGCUCGAAAGCAUCGACUCAACCUACCCGACAGAACAAGAUAUCUUCCAGCAGAUGGCGAAUAUCACAUUGGAAUUUAUUCCGCAGCAUGUAGCUCACACUAACAAUGAAUAUGAAGCAAUGUUCACGACCGGCGCGACGUUGCAGGUGGACGUCAUGAAAAAAAUGCCAUCUUGUCUGAACCAAUCAAGCCCUAAGUCUACAUCUUCAUCUCUUGAGUUGAAAGAGUUUCCAACCUGGGUCCUCUCAGUCAUCAUUGUCUCGCUCAUCGUGACAAUUUUGAUGAGACAGCAAGACCAGACGCAGCAGAUCCAUCAUCAGACGCAGUAUGUACACCAUCUGCUUACGGAGAUCGGGCAGCAUCAAUACGACCUUAACCGGAGGCUUGGGGAUCUACAGGAUCGUAUCCCACCUCCUGUGGUUCUUGCUGAGCUGUGUCAGCACUUGAACUUUCUACAAGACGAUGUUACCAAGAUAUUGAUCGGGCAAAACAGCAUCGACAAUUUCCUUCGGAUAUCGAGCGUCCUGGGUGAGAAAUCAGGGGAGACGCAUGUGUCGAAUUAG